CUGAUUCUGAAUCGCUUCUUUGUUUUAGAGAAAAGAAGGAAGCGUAUUCGCAUUGAAAAGAGAAUAUUCAGCAAAAUGGAGACCGAGAGCGAUUACAACCAGUGCUUCUUCACAAUCUCGGGAUCGCCGUCCGAGCUCGUGGCGGAAUUGGCCGCGUUCGUCGAUGUGGUGAACGGGUUCGUGGCCGAGGACGAGGACCAGGUCGGACCUCUUACGGCUGAGGUCACGCAGUUGAUCCUUACUGAGGAUGCUGAGGGAGACAGUGAAGAGCAGGCUGUCGAUCCGGAGAAGUUCAGCCAGGCUAUUGCGCUGGUUUUGGGAGCUGCGGGCGCGUUCGAGAAGGCGUCAGAUAAGGAAUUCGAGCCGGCUUACAAUCUUCUUUUUUAUGUCCUCACAUUCACCUCCGCGGGCGUGGAAGGCCAUCUUUCGACCGUUCUCGACCUUCUCAGCGCUGCGUCCGCCUCGCACGCUCUUUCGACCCUGUCUGUCUUGACCAACCUCUUCAACCUUCUGCCCGCCACAUCCCCGCUUCGCAAGACAGUUUUCGGCACCGUGCUGUCGGUGACGGUGUCGACGAAGAACACGGAUCUGCUGAUUCCGCAGCUCAAGCAGCUGCCGAUCUGGUUUUCAGAGUGGUCGCUGAGCCCGGAAGAGCAGGUCGCGACUCUGGUUGAUAUCGCGAGCACGCUCGAGCCGGUCGAUCAGGCGUCGGCGCUUAAGUACUUCAAGGACGCGCACAGCGAGGCCGCGGCGGCGGGCGUCACUCUGCCUGCCGAGCAGACAAAGAAGUUUAUUGUUCUCGCGCUCAGCGUGCCCGGGUUUUUCGAUUACGAUUCGAUCUACGCGGUUGUGUCGUCGCUGAGUACGGUCGAUGCUGGGCAUCUUGGAUUGCUCAAGAUUUUUGUCAAUGGCACUUUUGCGGACUUCAAGGCUGUUCCAGAGGCUACCGUGACGGGUGCUGGUAUGGACGUUGAGGUUCUGACGAAGAAGAUCCGGUUGCUGACGCUUGCGUCGCUGGCGGCGUCGUCGCCGAACCUGACUGUUUCGUACGCGGCGAUUUCGAGCGCACUUGCGAUCGACGAGGAGGAGGUCGAGUUCUGGAUCAUCGACGUUAUCCGCGCGGGACUGCUGGAGGGCAAGAUGUCGCAGCUCGAGCAGAAGCUGUUUGUGCACCGGGUUGUGCCGCGCACGUUUGGCGCGGAGCAGUGGGAGGACAUUGCGCGGAGGCUGCAGACGUGGAAGACGAGUUUGAAGGACGUGCUUGUUGUGCUGCGAAACGCGCGGGUGAGCGUGGAGAGCAAGGCGGCUGCGCUGAACGCGGAGCGGGAGCGGGCUGCUGCGGCUGCUGCUUCUGCUGUUGCUGCUGCUGCUGUGCCGGCCAAUGGAGAGGUGUCUGCGUAAGAUGUACAGUAUAUAAACAAAAUGAAGCAGUGAUGGUAUAUAAAGCAAGUGUAUUCCUGUAAAACGGCAGGCACAAGGCGCGCGUAGUUUAGAGAGUUGUGCAGUGCAGCCUCGACGACGCCCAAAGCAGCAAAACAACACAAAAAACAGGCCUCCA